CAAAUAAGAUUAUAAUGUCAGCCACGUUUUUUGUUCCGUAAAAAAUUGACUGAAAAUCGUAGUAUGUAUCUAUAAAUAUAGUUAUAUUAUUGACAUGCAUAGUGUUGUAAAAUUGAAGCACAAAUUAAAGGUCCAGAAAACCAAGUGAGAGUAGGCAAUGUGGAAGCUUGAGGUAGCAGAGGGCCAUGAUGCAUGGCUGCUUAGCACCAAUGAUUUUGUUGGCAGACAAGUUUGGGAAUUCGAUCCUGAUCUUGGAACCCCGGAGGAACAUGCAGAAGUCGAAAAAGCUCGAGAGAAUUUCUCUCAGAACCGAUUUCAAGUUAAAGCAAGCAGUGAUGUUCUCAAGAAUUUGCAGCUUAUCAAAGAAAAUGGGAUUGAUCUGAGUAUACCAUCAGUGAGAUUGGGAGACAGAGAGGAAAUAACUUGUGAAAAAGCAGAAACUACGUUGAGGAAAGCUGUUCGGUUCACCUCAGCACUACAAGCAAGGGAUGGGCACUGGCCUUUUGAAUUCUCAGCCCUCCUGUUUGAACAGCCUUUUUUGGUUAUUGCUCUGUACAUUACAGGAACCCUGAACACAAUCCUCUCACCUGAACAUAAAAGGGAAAUGGUUCGAUACAUCUAUAAUCAUCAAAAUGAAGAUGGGGGAUGGGGCUUCCAUAUUGAAAGCCAUAGCAUGAUGCUAUGUACAGCACUUAACUAUGUGUCCUUGCGUUUGCUUGGAGAAGAACCCGAAGGAGGCAAAGAUGGAGUUGUGGCAAAGGCCCGUAAAUGGAUACUUGAUCAUGGUGGUGUAACAAUGAUAUCUAUCUGGGGAAAAUACUUUCUUUCGUUCAUUGGAUUAUAUGAGUGGUCUGGCUGCAAUCCAGUGCCUCCAGAAUGUUUGCUUCUCCCAUCAUUUCUUCCUUUCAGUACAGGAAACUUAUGGUGUUACUUUCGCACAGUUUAUAUUCCAUUGGCUUACUUGUAUGGUAAGAAAUUUGUGGCACCAAUAACCGAUCUCGUUAUAUUACUAAGGGAAGAACUCUACAUUCAACCAUAUGGUGAAGUAGAUUGGACUAAAGCUCGCAUCUCAUGUUUGAAGAAGGAUCUAUACAAGCCUCAUUCUCUUGUGGAAAAUGUUUUAAGUAGUGUACUAUAUUACUUUGCCGAACCACUUUCUACACAUUGGCCUUUCUCGAAGCUAAGAGAGAAAGCACUGGCAAAAGCAAUGAGGCUUAUUCGAUAUGAAGAUGAGCACACUGGAUAUUUGACUCAUGCUUCUGUGGAAAAGAGUUUGAACAUGAUUGCCAAUUGGGCUGAGGAUCCUAAUCAAGAUUCACUCAAGCGUCACCUUGCUACAGUUCCUGAUUACUUGUGGGUUGCUGAAGAUGGAAUGAAAGUGCAGAAUAUGGGUUCCCAGCUGUGGGAUUCUGUUUUUGCUACUCAAGCAAUUAUUGCAAGCAAUCUCACUGAUGAAUAUGGCUCAACUCUCCGAAAAGCCUUCAAUUUCAUCAAACUUUCACAGGUUGAAUUUCUGUCCUGCAGGUUAUAUAAACCAUAUAACUUGAUCCGAGAAAACCCACCGGGAGAUUUUCAGAGUACGUAUCAUCAAAUUUGUAAAGGAGCAUGGACUCUUACUGUCAAAGAUCAAGGUUGGCAAGUCUCAGACUGCACAGCUGAGGCACUAAAGACUUUACUCUUGUUAUCACAAAUGCCCGCAGACAUUGUUCGCGACACAAUUGAAGUCGAGCAAUUAUAUGAAGCAGUGGAUUUCCUUCUUACCUUGCAGAGCGAAAAUGGUGGGUUUUCAGCUUGGGAGCCAGCAACGUCACCGCAAUGGAUGGAGAUGUUUAAUCCUACAGAAACUUUCGGUGGUGUCAUGGUCGAAACUGAAUAUGUUGAUUGCACAGCAUCAGUCACCCAAGCUCUUGCAUUAUUCAGUCAUUUACAUCCCGAAUACCGGGGGAAAGAAAUAGAAACGUCUGUGGUUAAAGCAACACAUUACAUCGAAAAUGCACAAAUGGCAGAUGGUUCCUGGUAUGGAAACUGGGGGAUUUGCUACACAUAUGCAGCAUAUAUUGUAUUAGUUGCACUGGCAGCGGUUGGAAAGACACAUCGCAACAGCGAAGUGGUGUGCAAAGGCUGUGAUUUUUUACUUUCAAAACAACUGAAGUCAGGAGGCUGGGGAGAGAGCUACCUUUCUUGCCGAAACUCAGAAUACACACCGCUAGAUGGAAACAGAUCAAAUUUAGUGCAAACCGCGUGGACAAUGGUGGGUUUAAUUCGAGCAGGGCAGGCUGAAAGGGAUGCAACACCUUUACAUCAAGCAGCAAGAUUAUUGAUCAAUUCACAGCUUGAAAGUGGUGAAUUUCCUCAGCAGGAAAUCACAGGGGCCUCUGUGAAAACCUCCAUGUUGCAUUAUGCUUCCUACAGGAACAUAUUCCCACUCUGGGCUUUGGGUGAAUACCGUAAGCAUGUGCUAUUGCCUAAGCAAAACACUUAAGGUUACAUUUGGUUGGUGUGGAAGUGAUGAGCAAAGCACGGUAUUUCGGAAAUAAAUUAUAAGAAUAAAACACUAUUGAAAAUCCUUUUUAAAAGAUUUUCGAAUUCAAAAUAAAUGCUUGAUUGCGAGUUGAUCGAUAAUGAGUUAUCACUUCAUUUCAUCACUUCAUGUAUCGAAUCAAAUUUAAUUGGUUUGUUAUUUUUAAGUUCAAUAAGUGGCGAGUUCUUUUUUUCCUGGCAUUGUUGUUUAAAUGUACGUUCAUCCCGGUUGAGGAUUUGAAACGUUAUAUAAAUAGAGUAUGGUACUUCAUAUAUAA